AUGGCGCUCUCAGCAUUCACCAAUUCUACUCUGUCUAUCAUCGCUGGUUCCCGAAACUUCUCAGUAGCAGUGGCGAACUCCCCGCUGCCAUACAUGAAAAACUACUUGGUGGACAUAACCCAGUUGCUGGUCCCGAUGCUCACCAUGCUUGGCUUCGUGCCUUUCGCGUAUGUAGUUAUCACUAUCGUUUUCUGGAGGGUCGACCAUAUCACGACACAGCUCAAGUUCAUGGGAAUGUCAGUACGCCAGCAGUACUUUGCCUUAUUCACCCAUCGUUUGGUCUUCGGCUUCUUACCUUCCUUAGCAGUACUGCUCAUUGCUGCUGGAGGCGUCGGCUCCGAUUUACUCGGUAACGGCGGACGUUGGUUGGCUUAUCUGAUUCUGGUCGUUACCACCUUCCUAGCACUGAUACCGGCAGCCAUGAUGUUGGCGCCUCUGUUCAAGUCGGGGAGGCAAGUCGCUGACUCCUUCCCCCUCAUGUGGAACUGCCUUUCCAUCAUCCCGUACAUCAUAGUGUGGAUUAUGAGCACCAACUCUAGCGAGAGUGUUCGCAAUGCUGGGGCUAUCUUCGGUGACGUCCUGACGAUCAUUCCGACACUCUCUUACCAACGAGGCACACAGCAGCUACUCAGCUUGCAGUUUAUCGUUGAUCGGGCAUCGGGUGAGGAGGGCAGUCCGGUAGGGUGGUCCGACACGUUCAAGCCGGAGAAUGGCGUGUUGACGCCCAUCCUGGUCAACAUAGGCGUCAUCAUCAUCAGUAAGAAUAUCUUCAUUUUCCCUUGCUCCGACUGA